ACAAUCCAUAAUCCGUAUUCACCUCAGUAGUUAUUUCUGUGUAGCCCCUUUUACUCUUCCUUAACAUUCUCCUUUCACAACCUCUUUCCAACCAACCACCCUACGUUCCAAUAGCCGUUAACCACUUCACAUUUAUUUUUCCAUCAAAAUGUUCAAAACCAAACUAGUUAGCCAUGCAACAACAUCCAUUCAUCCAACACUGUUUUGUUCCAAUUAACCACCACACAACUAUAACAAUUGCUACCUAAAACCUCUUCACAACUUCCAAAUUCCAAAUGGGUUGCUGCUUCAGCACCCCUAACACUAAGCAACCCCAAAAGGGCCAAAAUGUCCCCAAACACCAACAACAACCACACCUAGGAUCUCACGAACAGAACUGCACAAUCCCACAACCCAUUGAAGAAGAAACAGUGAAAGAGGUCCUCUCGGAAACACCCAUCUCCAAACCGCAACAAGUUCCAAUUUUGACGCCACAAACGAAGACCCAAUUGCCCGUUGUUCAAAAUCCGAAGGUGCCCGUUAAGAAAGCGUGUGAAUCGAACGGCGAGAGCUUCUCCACCACCACCACCGUCACGGAAAACAGAGAAGACGAAGCCACGAGCAAGCGGAGCAAAGGAAUUCGCAACCGGAAGCGUUCUUGCGCCGUCGACGGCAACAGAAUCGGCGCCAGGGAACGGAGGACUCAAUCUCCGGCGAGAAAACCCGAAAUUCCGGCGAGGCCACGGCCGGUUCGCCGUAGGGAGCCCGACCAUCCCCACCGACAUUCCGGCGGAGCUCCCGUCCGGCGGUCAAGGCCGCUUUCGUGCGCUGACCGGAGUCAACUCCGGCCGACUGGAAGGGGCGGCCGGCGAGUUCCGGCGGCUAAGGGCGUUACGCAGGAAAACGACGGCGUUUCGGUGCAGGAGUCGCUGGAGAACCCGCAUGUGUCGUUGGAGUGCUUUAUUUUUCUGUAGUGUUUGGAAGUACGUUUCUUUUCUUUUCUUUCUUUCUUUGUUUCGAGAUUUUUGGUUUUGUAGAAGCGAUUUUCAGUGACAUGGCAUGUUUUCCAUUUCCAUGUUCUUGAUUUUCCUUGUGAGGUAUGUUGCUUGCUAAAAUGCUUCUGUAAAUACGAACAUCUCCAUAGAUGUUUCUCUUUUCA